AUGGAAGACGUCCUAUCUCGAGCCUGGGCGCAGGUCGAAUGGGAGGAAGACGUUGCCAGCCGUGCCAAGGCGCAACAAAAGCAAGAUCCCAACACGACCAGACCAGACCAAACCAAGCGAGACGAGAAACCCUCUCAAAGACCAGCUGGGGACUCUGGGAAUCGAAACCAGGGCAGGUACCAGAACUGGCCAAUCGAGAAGGCAGAAGGGAUGGAAGUGUCCACGUGGCUAGACAUCUCUCACCUCUCCGUCUCAAGGCCGAAGCUUAUAAAUGGUCUUAGGCAGAUAGGCCAGCAGGUCAAGUGGCCUCAGAAGAUGAAUGCCCCCGACUCUAUCCGGAACCCUGGCUUCUGGUGCGACUUCCACGGAGACCACGGUCACAAAACGGAGGACUGUGUCGCGCACCUAAAGAUCGAGGUCAACGAGCUGCUUAGGAAAGGGCACCUCAGGGAAUUCCUUACCGAGAAGGCCAAGAGCCAUCUAAGCAAGGAGACAACGGGUAAGCCCACUGAAGCUGCUCCCGUCUCGCCACCGCGACAGGACCGAGUGAUCCAUGUCAUUUCGUGCGGUUCGGAAUUCAGCGGCAUAAGCUAUGCAGCCGCGAAGAAAAGCACCUGGAAUGCCAAGCACUUCCUAGAGGCAGCUAAGCCAAAACGCCGGCUCCUAGGAUCGGACGAGAUAAGUUUCACGGCCAAGGAGCAGGAGAAAGUCCUCACUCCUCACCACGACGCCCUAAAAAGUAUACUGGUAGAUAAUGGAAGCUCAGGCAACGUCAUCUUCCAGGCCGCAUAUAAGGACUUGGGGCUGGAGGAAGGCCCUCUAACUCAGAGGAUAACCCCCCUUAUAGGGUUCAGCAGGGACGUCAAACAAACCACUGGGGAGGUAACCCUCCCCGUAUACGCCGAAGGAGUCAACAUGUCAACCAAGUUCCUCGUGGUAGAUUGCGAUUCGUCCUACAACAUAAUCUUAGGACGGCCCUGGAUCCACGGAAUGGGGGCUGUCCCCUCGACUUUUCACCAAAUGAUGAAGUUCCCUACGCUCUGGGGCAUAAAGGCGAUCAGAGGGGAUCAAGAAUAUUCCCGCUCCUGCUAUCAGACCACUCUGAAGAGGAAGACCAAGGUCUUAUAG